UCUUUGUAAAUUUCCUUUUUUUACAAUUUUAAUCCUGAACACGACCCGACAGUGUCAAAACCCCGUCUAUGCCAUUCGCUUAGCCAGUUUGAAAGGAUCAGCGGAGAUGGGCACAUAGAGUUCAAAGUUAAACCAUUGAUCUCCAACGCUCAAGCAUUUGAAAAAAUAGAAUAAAUCCCUCUUUUAGUCCAUAAGUUCGGUUUCGGUGAAGCGUGUAAGCAUCGCAAUGUCAAUUCGACACGUUUGUUACAUCAUUUUGGUGCUGCUGCUCUUCAUGUGCAAUGAAGGAAUUUCAAAAUUGAUUCCUGGUGAAAUAACACAGGAUGGAGAACUCGACUCACAGCCAAGAGAAGCCGCUCCGACAGAGGUCAUCUUGCUGAAUGGAACCUCAACGGAGCUCACGGCUGACCGCGAGAGCCCCAAUUUGGUCAACAGACUGGAGACCAGAGGGAAAGGAAAUGGCCGGUCGUGUUUUGGAUUUAAAAAAAGCAACGGGAGUGGUAAACAAUCGUCGGAAAAAUCAGAGAAAAAACUGAAAAGGAAAGAGACAAGAGCUCCGGAUGGAUAUCUUUUCGAUGACGAAAAGGCAAUGUUGCAGUUCUCUUGCUGCUGCUGCCUUGCCCAUUGGUUAAACUUAAUUCCACACAAGGUGAAGCCAGGGACGGGGUACGUGCAAAAAUGAUUCAGAAGAAAACUGUACGAAAGAAAAAAGGAGCAAUAAGGUAUCUAGGUUAGUAUAGUCUCAGUCUCCAUAUUAGUUCUACGUAAAGCUCUUAAGAUGCUUAUAUAGGUAAUAAACAUCGCUACAAACAGCUCUGCACUUACUAUACAUACAUAUGUAGAUAUCCUGUGAGAUUUGUAAAACAUGCAGUUCUGAUUUAUGUUCCAAAUCCUACGGUCAAAAUUCCCUUAUACGUAUACUACAACAAUUGAUACUUUUUUCUUAAUGGAUUUUUGAAAGAGCUUGAUGCAAAAACGGCUUUAUUCGCCCCCCCCC